UAUAAUGAUAGUAAGAUUAACGCAUGUUAAACAUAAUAUAUUGCAAUUCCUGGUUCAUUCGCUUAGUGUCUCUACGAAGUAACGAAAUGCUUUCCAAAGUGGUUUUGGGGCUCUGUCUGCUUGCCGUCGUUUUCGGCGAACAAACGCGUUACGAUGGGUAUCAAGUUUUGCGGGUUAAGUUAAAUUCCAAGCGUGAACUGAACGUGAUGCACGAGAUAGAGAAAGAGCUUGGGGACAAUGUGGAGUUCUGGCAAUCUACUAGGGUACUGGCUAGACCAGUUGAUAUCAUGGUAAAACCAAAGCAUCAGUACUACGUCAAAGCACUCCUCAAAGCUGCUGGACUACAAUAUGAAAUAAUGAUGGACGAUAUUCAGAAGGUAAUAGAUGAUCAACGGGAAAAGAUGGAUGGGAGGAUGAGUAGCAGUGACGUAGCCUCAUUUGACUACAGUGUCUACCAUACAUACGAGGAGUAUGAAUUCCAACAAUACACCUUUAAAAAAAAACCAAAAAAAACAUUAUUUAUUAUUGAAUCUCAGUUGAAGGGAUCUGGAAUGAGUGGAAAACCUGUUGUUUGGUUUGAGGGCGGUAUUCAUGCGAGAGAAUGGAUUUCUCCAGCAACAGUUAUGUAUUUUACAAGCAAGUUACUGGAAAAUUAUGCAAGUGACAGUGACGAGGAGGUCCGCUUGCUCGACGGCUUGGAUUGGCUUAUCGUGCCGUCACUCAAUGUGGAUGGAUAUGUCUUCACCUGGGCUGAAAACGGGGAUCGUCUGUGGCGUAAAACUAGGUCAAUCAACCAGGGCACCUCAUGCAAAGGAACUGAUCCCAACAGAAACUGGGACUACAAAUGGGGAGGUGAAGGGGCUAGUACAUGGGCCUGUUCCCUUACGUAUCGUGGAAGCGGCCCACAUUCCGAGGUCGAGAUUAAAGCUGUUACGGAUUAUCUAAUGAAAGUUAAGAAGACACAAGACGUGAGAGUGUUUGUGGACUGGCACAGCUACUCUCAAUUAUGGCUGGCUCCGUGGUCUUACUCUGCUAGUGCGCCAGAUCCAGAAAACUCUAGACAAUUACUUGCUCUUGGAGACGAGGCUGUGGCAAAAAUCAAGGAAGUUCAUGGCUCUACGUAUAUAUCAGGCCCAUCAGCUCAAACACUAUGUAAGUAA